AUGUUGUACUCACACUUGGGCUUGAGCACGUUUGUCGGCAUGUUGAACUACGACAGUGUCUCCAAAUCUCAUUGGCUGGUAGGCCCUUACGGACCAACCUCUAAGCUGAUAGGGUCCGUCAUGAAUUUCGUGUUUGGAUCGGUGUUCGCGUACACCGUGGAGGAGAAUACCAUUCCCCUCCUCUGGUUCCUUUUGUGCUUGUCUGCGUGGUUUUUCUGCAUCUGUAGGGUGCUCAAGCCCAAGUGUGAGUACAACAUUCAGGAUGGGCUGCUGGGGUUAACCAUGGGAAAAGUGGCGACCAUACCGGGCCACGACGGUAUCCGAGUCGCUGUGUUCCUCAUCUGCCUCAUCUUGGGAGUUGCGAGGCCAUUCAUCGAAUCGUUUGAAGAUGGAUAUCGUGGCUAG